AUGACCAUCUUCGUCGCUGCAAUAGUCUUGAUCGAUUCCAUCACGAGUCUAUACUAUGUCACCAACGAUGCUGCGAAACUUGGAACGGUCACUGGAUUCACUGCACUGUUUGCGCUGAGUGUUGGGUCGAUGACGAAUGUGCGACGGGCUGAGAUUUUUGAAGCUACUGCUGCGCAUGCAGCUGUUUUGGUGGUUUUCGUCAGUGGGAAUAUUAUCGAACUCAUCGGGGUCGACGAUCGAUCGAUACCAUGA